GGCGCACCUCCCUUGCCCAGUCUUCCCGCCCCCCCCCGCCCCCGCCGGCCCCGCGCUCUCACGGCGCCAGGUCGCCCCCAGCCCCCGCCUUACUCCCUCCCACUCAGCGUCCCACCCUCCCUAGCUUUGUGCCGGGGGCGCGGAACCGCUUCCCCGCCUCAGCCGCGCGGCAGGAGGAGGGAGCCGCCACAGAGGAGCUGCCGCUGGCUGCCCCAGAGAGGGGCACAGUCACAACCAAGGCAAUGUCUUACUACCUCAACUCAGAAAACCAUCUGGACUCAGGGCCCAUCUACGUGCGAGAAAAUGGGCAACUGCACAUGGUCAAUCUGGCCUUGGAUGACGUUAGGAGUAGCCUGCAGAAGCCAAGGCCUUUCAGACUGUUUCCCAAAGGCUUUUCUGUGGAGCUUUGCAUGAACAGGGAAGAUGACACUGCGCAGAAAGAGAAGACUGAUCAUUUCAUCUUCACAUACACCCGGGAGGGAAAUCUUCGGUACUCUGCCAAAUCCCUCUUCAGCCUUGUCCUGGGCUUCAUCUCUGACAAUGUUGACCACAUUGAUUCCCUUAUUGGCUUUCCUGAGCAGAUUGCUGAAAAGCUGUUCUCUGCUGCCGAAGCCAGACAGAAAUUCACAGAGCCCGGUGCAGGGCUCAGGGCUUUACAGAAAUUCACUGAGGCCUAUGGAAGUCUGGUGCUUUGCUCCUUGUGUUUGCGAAACAGAUACCUGGUGAUUUCAGAAAAACUCGAGGAGAUUAAGUCUUUCCGGGAGCUGACCUGUCUGGAUCUUUCCUGUUGCAAGCUUGGAGAUGAGCAUGAGCUUCUAGAACAUCUCACCAAUGAAGCCCUGUCUAGUGUAACUCAACUCCGCCUGAAGGAUAAUUGUUUAUCUGAUGCCGGGGUGCGGAAAAUGACGGCGCCAGUUCGAGUGAUGAAAAGAGGCCUUGAAAAUCUGUCGUUAUUAGAUUUAUCUUGUAACCCUGAGAUAACAGAUGCAGGAAUUGGAUACCUCUUUUCUUUUAGAAAACUCAACUGCUUAGAUAUCUCUGGGACGGGACUCAAGGACGUCAAAGCUGUCAAACACAAGCUUCAGACCCACAUCGGCCUUGUUCACUCCAAAGUCCCUUUGAAGGAAUUUGAUCACAGUAACUGCAAGACAGAGGGCUGGGCUGAUCAGAUUGUUCUGCAAUGGGAACGUGUGACUUUGGAAGCUAUGAAGCCGCAAGAAACCUUGGAGUCUCGAAGAGCAGCUCAGCACUUCUAUGGGAAGCGGGCUCGAACAGAAGCCCCAGGGAAGUAUCCCCCGACAGAGGCCCACACGAACUCUUCUGAGAAGCUCCAGUUCUAUAAAGAGAAGGCCGCAGACUGCCAUGGGCCACUGUCGAAACACGAAGCCCUGUCAAGCCAGGAGUCAAAGAGCAAGAAGAGAGCUUUCGAGGAGCCAGAGAAGGAACAGAGCAGCUCUUCACAGUCUUCGAAGCAGAAAUAUGUGUGUCUUGCUGUUGAAGACUGGGACUUGCUAAAUUCGUAUUGAUUGGCAAAUACAAGUUGACCUUCUCCCCUUCUAGUGCUAACAUAUGAAGAAGGGGGCUGAUAAUGUUUUCCUUUUUGUUUGAAUUUACCUAUGGCAUUAGCAUAGCAAGCGAUUAUUUCUACUUUUGUGGUGGGGGAGGGGAAUGCUAUGGAAGUCUGUAAUAAUUUCUAAUGUAUAUUUUCAAUACAUAGUAAUUUUUUCAAAUAAACGUUUUUGCUGUCCUUA